CCUUUCCAAUUCUUCACCAUUAGCUCCCACACUCCCAGCGACUACUCCUCUACCACAGCUUCUUAACCAUUAUGUCUCGUCCGGCAGCGGCGGUGCUUAUGGCGGCAGUACUGGUUGCGGUGUUGUGGCCUUCAAGCGAGGCAGCGAUGUCAUGUUCGGUCGUGUUCCGGAAUCUGAUGCCGUGUCUCGGCUACCUGCAGUCAGGCGGAAACUCUGCGCCGCCGACUCCUUGCUGUGAUGGGAUUACUGCUUUGAUGGCUCAGGCGAAGGUGAAGGCGGAUCGCCAAACGGCUUGCACCUGCUUGAAGACGGCGGCGGCCAGUGUCACCGGUAUUAACUUCAGUCUCGCUGGAGCUCUCCCGCAAAGGUGCGGCGUGAAUAUCCCGUAUAAGAUUAGCCCUUCCACUGACUGCACUAAGGUGAACUAAAAGAGAAAGAAGGGUUCUGUGGUAAAAUAAAGUGCUUGAAGAGAUUCCCUGAGAGGAAAAGCCUUUCCUUUAAAUCUUUGCUCGUGUGCUACUUACUGUACUUGUCGUUGGAGUUGUAUCUUUGCGUUUAAUUUGCUGAGCAAAUGUCGUGUUGGUAUUGUUCCUUAUUAUGUUAUUUUAUGGCUUUUGUUAAUGAAAUCUUAUUAGUAGU